GGCGCUAGGGGAGCCCCUGAGGUCCAGGAGAGGACUUAGGAGAAGGGCAUGGGUCUGCGGGGACCAGGUAAGAGCAGCUUUUGUAAGGGGGCGAGUCGUAGGGAGAAGGUGGCAGACACCACGGGCCGGGCACAGCUUGAGCACAGGUGAGUCAGUGGGACCAGACCGAAGUGUGUCCCAGCCCCAGGGGAGGAGAUAAGCUGGGAACAGGAAGGAAUUAGGAAGCAGGGGAGGCCGAACAGGCUUGAAUGCUGUCUUAGCAUGGAAACCCCAGAAGCAUACCAAGAAACAAGGCUUCGAGAGCCAACUCCAGGGUAGGGGCGCACACGCCCACCACCAUGGGCAGCUGCAGGCAGUCCUGCUGCGGAAGCUGGGAGAGCCGGCUGGGACCCACACCUGCGUCGUCCCACCUGAGGGGCGAGGGAUGUGUAUCCACCAGCUCCUGGGGGACAGUAAAUCCCUGCACCUCCUGCGGAGUCCGGGAGCGUGCCGGGCACAACGUGGGCCACGUCCUCGGGGCAGGAGGUGGUUGGGGCACAGACGCUCCACCCAACACACUCAGGCCCGGGCCUUGCCUCUGAGUCUCUGACCCGGAAAGAGGGCCACGCAGGGGUGUGUGUGUAUGCACGAGUGCAUGCGCACACGUGCACACGGGUGCGUGUGCUAUCAGGACACCAGGACAGACAGAUGACCGCGGUGCUGGGAGCCCCGCAGCUUCGACUGGGGCAGGGGAGGUCCAGCGGGUGAGGAUCUGACUGCUCCCCGAGGGAGGAGCUGGGGGUGUCCCUGAAGGCCAUUGUGGGGUACCCUGCUCUGCUAACUCCCCAAGCGCUGUCCCCUUAAGGAGGGAGAUGGGGGGACCAGCUGAGCAGAGGAAGCCAUGAGAAUAGGACCAGGGACACCAAGACGGAGAUAUGCUGACAGCUUCCAGAGCAGCUGGGGUGGGACAGCCACACAAAGGGUCCUAGCUGACAAGGGGGACCAGAAGUGACUUGAGUCUCAAAUGGCCACAAGUGAGGCACCUUUCUCAACAUUGCCUUCCACCCAAUGAAGGAGAAGUUAGAAAGCAAGGCAUUUCAUGGACAAUGUUGGGAUGUGGGGGUCUGGGGGCAUCCCAAGGACAGAGGAGCCUGAGAUGGGCUGGGGGCGACUGUGAGGGGGUUUUAUAGGCAAGGGGUCUUGAAGGGGCCAAGCUGGGGCGGUGCCCCUGUUCCUGCUUGUGCCUCCGGGCUGUUUUAGCUGAUGGGCACCCUUUGCAUGCCUACUGUGCUCUCAGCUCCGUGGGCGGGGGCAGGUGAGCAGCACCCCCAGGACGUACGCCACACAGGCUGCAAAGCUCAGAGCUGCCGGCUCUGGAAGGUCGUGGGAGGACAUCCAAGGCGAGGCUGGGGCUCAUCACAGAAGCCGCAAGGGGUCCCUGGGCCGUGGGCGCUGUUUCAGGUGAACCUCAGGAUCCCUCUCGUCCAGAGACUGGAAGGGUGGAGGGGCUGCUGCAGCACAGCCGGAAACAACUGGGCUGCAAAGAACCGCAGCCCCUCCUGCCAGGGGCAGGUGUGCCGAGUUUAACCCUUCCAUGGGCUGCAGGGCAGGAGUCAAGGCAGGCCCCCGAUGGGAUUUCUGAGUCAUUCUGCCCCGAGCUUCGACUUGUGGGUGGGUGGGAAGGGAGGUCCCUUGGGGCUGUGGCUGUGUGAUGGGCCAACAGACACACAUGUCACCCCACUGUGGGAAGGGGCCGAGCAGCUGCAGGGUGGAGAUCACUGCGGGACAGGCCCCUCUCUCAAGCUGGGAAGAAUUUUUCUCCAUGCCACACUCAGAGGCUGCAGUUCCCUAAAAGUUCCCCCACCUGAGCCCUUUUCUCCUUGGGUCCCUCCCUCAUGGGCACAGAUCACCAGUACAGGAAAAACCACCCUGUGGGGUUUGGGUUUUCCAGUUCUGGCUCCCCCCUCCUUGAGUGUGAAGCUAUAGCCCCUGCCUUGGGGUCCUCGGCUUCCCCUGCAAGGCCUCCUCAGUCCCCCUGCUGCUGAUGGGACCCAGACUGGGACCCUGACAGACACCCUGGGACCGGAAGUCAGGGCAGAGGGUGCAGAUCGAGGAGGGAGGGAGGUUUUGGAAUCCAGAUAAUAAUUAAUUGAGGACAUUUGUAGAUUGCUUUGCAAUCCACAAAAUCCUUUAUAGCAUUCACGGAAGUAGGGAACAGAACCAGCCCAUUUUACAGCCGAGAAAACUGAGGCCAAGCGACUCCCCUGAGAUCAAAGGUCUCUGGCUCCAAAUCCAGGCCUCUUUCUACCCCAUCAGUUGACUGAAGUCACUGGGCUUGGGUUUGGGGAGGGCAGGACUGAUAAAGCAGCUCUGGAGGGAGGGGACAGCGAGGAGGCCUCGGGGAUUCAGAUCGGGGCCGUGUCCCAGGCAAAGAUGAAACCGGCCCAAAGACGGCCCGGCCAGUGUCUGGCUGCUGAGCCCAGCUGGGUGGGAGCGAUGAGGGUUCUGUAUAUCCGGCAACCCCUUCCCCACCUUCCCAACAUCCUGCUCCCCUCCACUCCUUAAAAUGAUGCUUAACUGCAAACAGUACAGCCCAGGUCACCAGAAGCCUCUGUGGGUCUCCCUGCCCAGCCCAUGUGAGGGUGUCACUGGCCUCCAGCUCAGGGGUCUCUCAAGCUCAUCUCAUCCAGCCCCCUGACUUCAAACUGACCUGCCCACCCUUGGUUCAAACAGAGGGGGUGCUUCCUACAUUUCAGCAAUACUAUCACUGACGCUCACCGGGAGCCCCCUUGCUAAGCCCCUUACAUACUGGUCUCAUCUACUCUUCAUACCACCCUAUGAGGAAGGAGCUGUUAUCCCCAUUUAACAUAUGGGGAAAGCAAUGCCCAGAGAGGUUGGGACGUGCCCAGCAGUGGUAUGGCUGGAUGUGAACCCAGUCUGGCCUCACUUGGCCCCCACGGUGUUUAACCCCUGUGCAGCAGGAGUUCUUUGCAGAGUUCUUCUCCCUGACCCACUGCUCCGUCCAAUCCUCUUCCUACGGAAAUUCUUCAGUUUCUCCAAUUUUGUGGACGAACGGUGUUCAGAGACGAAGCUGGAUGCAGGAGUUUGCGCCCGCCAAGCGUGGCCUCAGGUGGGCCCACUGCCUAACCCGCCAGCCCAGCCUCCAGGCCAGUCCCAGACUGCCUGCCUCCCGGCGUCCCCAGCCCUGUCCCUGCUCCAUUUCAGAGCAUCACCUCCUCUUUCCUACCUUCCACGGCCCCACUACCCCGCAGACCCUGCUGGGCAGGCUUGGGUCAAGAGAGUCCUGGACCAAGUAUAGUUUUCAAAGCUCUCGGUGUGUUGAAAACACCAAUGAGAUCAUCAUUUGGAAAUAACUCCAGAGACCACCUUUGGCCACCAGGCUGCCACCCACCCCCUCUGCCCCUCCAAGGGGUCCAGGACAGAUGCCUGCUGCCCAGCCUCAUUGCCCACUGGUCCAAGGCAGGUGGGGGCAGAAGCAGCGUGCUCCUGCCUCUCUUGCUUUCAUUACUGGGGUUUCGGGGGAAGGAGAAGACGGUAAUCUGGUCCCUUCUCGGGGUCUGUACCAUCUCUAGAACAUGCAGCUAGGACAGAUCUGGGCCAGGAAACAAGGGCAGUGCACGGGCCCGGUGAGCUGGGCACCAUCCCACACUUCCUGAGCAACCCCACUGGGCUGAGACCCAUUGCCUGGGACCUGCUGCCCUCUCUGCCCUGAGUGGAUAAAGAUAAGUGUUCCAGGUGCCACCUACAUCCCCACACAGAAGGCAGAGACACUGCCCCUGGCCUGCCCUGGGCAGCGACCCUGAGAGCCCAGGCCAUAGCUAAGGGGGGCAGUGGGGAAGGAACAGAAGCUUCAGAUCAGGGGGCUGCCCUCAAGGAAAGGGGUGGAAUCUGGGGAGGGCGCAGGGGAGAGUGGGUGAUGCAGAGUCUUAGAGCAGAAACACAGCCUGGGGAGUGGGCGUCGGCCACUUGUGUGACCACGCCUACCAGGGCGCCUGCAGGGCGUGGUCAGGGCAACAAGCAGCCACAGAGAGGAGCAGUUCCAUGGCUGGGGGCUGGGGGCUGGUGCUGGGAGAUGGGAUGGCGCGAUCUGGGGAAGCAGCAAUUGGACAGACACCCUUCUGUGAGCUGGGUCCCAGGAAGAGCCUCAAAGGAAAUGAGCCUCCAGAGAAUUCGUUGAGCCCAGACCACCAGGAGCCUAAGGGUAGAUCGGGGUGGGGGAGAGGCAGGAGCAGGCUCUGGGGGGCCCAUGAUUUUGAACCCCAAAUGGGGGCAUAUGCUGGUCUGAUUGGGUCCAGAAGAAUUACAAUGAGGCCUGUCCUGAGCACAGUGCCCUGGAGGGGACCGGAGCUGCUCCUUGCUUUGUUCUUUUGAAAAUCGUGGUAAAACACACACAAUAUAAAACUUACCAUUUCAUCCGAUUCAACAUAUUAAAUACACUCACGGUGCUGUGCAACCAUCACCUCUAUCCAGUUCCAGAACCUUUUCAUCACCCUAAUGAAACCCCGGACGCAUUGAGCAGUCACUCCCCAUCCCCCCCUCCCCCAGCCUCCAGCCCCCACCAACCUGCUUUCUGUCUCUACGAUUUGCCUAUUCAGGAAAUUUCAUAAAAGUGGAGUCAUGUGAUAUUUGUCCUUUUGUGUCUGGCUUCUUUCCGCUGCUUCAUGUUUUCAAGGUUCCUCCACAUUGUACUGUGCAUCAGAACUUCACUCCUUCGUAGGGCAGAAUGAUACUCCAUUGUACGGGUAGACUACACGUUCUUUAUCCGUUCAUCAGCUGAAGGACAUUUGGGUUCUUUUCAUCUAUUCCAAGUUAUUGUGAAGAGUGCUGCUACAAACAUUCAAGUACAAGUUUUUGUUUGAACACCUGUUUUCCAUUCUUUUGGGUAUAUGCCCAGGAGUGGAAUUGCUGGGUCACAUGGUGACUUUCUGUUUAACUUAUCAAGGAACGGCCAAGUGUUUUCCACAGUGACUGUACCAUUUACAAUAUUCCCACCAGCAACAUACGAGAAUCCCAAUUGCUCCGUAUCCGUGCCCAAACCUGUUAUUAUCUGUUUUAUUUUAUUUUUUUUUAUAAUACUACCCCAGUAGCUGUCUUAGUCUUUGGUUUUUUAAAAGACCCAGAGACUUCUCCGGUGGCACAGUGGUUAAGAAUCCGCCUGCCAAUGCAGGAGACACGGGUUCGAGCCCUGGUCCGGGAAGAUCCCACAUGCCGCGGAGCAACUAAGCCCGUGGGCCACAACUAUUGAAGCCCGCGUGCCGCAACUACUGAAGCCCACGCUCCUAGAGCCCGUGCUCCGCAACCAGAGAAGCCACUGCAAUGAGAAGCCGGCUCACCGCAACGAAGAGUAGCCCCUGCUCGCCACAACUAGCGAAAGCCCACGCACAGCAACGAAGACAAAAAAAAGAACAGGGCCUAGAGUCUCCUGGACGUGGUGGAGCUGUCCUUGGAGGUAGGGCCUGAAGGACAAGAACGAGCAGCGGGUGAGGCCUUGGGCCAGAGAUCAGAGCUGCAGUCAAGCCGUCAGGGAGACGGGCAGGCCCUAGGCAGUUCCCUGGACAGGGCAAGACCUAAGGGUCAUGUCCAGUGUGAGAGCUGGAUCUGGGAACCGGGGCUGGGGCCCAUGGGGUGGCUUCUCUGAGCCUCGGUUUACACAUCCGUGAAGUGGGGGUAUUCAGGUAAGUUUAAGCUGCCAUAACAAAGAGACUCAGAAUAAGCCAGUGGCUUAAGGAAGAUAAUGUAUCUAACAGUCCACGGUGAGCCUCCCAUGCUCCAUGCAGACAUCCAGGGACCUGGCUCCUUUCGCUCCCUUUCUCCCCAUCCCUUAGGACAACGCCCUCCUCUCCAUAGCCAGUGGCCUGUCCAUGACUGAUUUGUAAGAAAAGGAAAGGGAUGGACGAGGAGCCCCACAGUCUCUGUCUGGGUCCCCGAGGGACUCACAUCAUUUCUGCUCAAUUCCAUUGGUGAGAAAUGGCCACGUGGCCAUUCCUAGGUCCAGGGGAGUCUGGGAAUAAAACUCCAGUCAUGUGCCUGCCCAAAGGGGCGUGAUUUAAAAGACAGCUCGCAGCCCCGUGCUGGAUGGGUGUAGUAAUACCUCCUUGCAGGGUGCUGUGAGUACAGGUAAAGAACCUGGCACUUAGUAAGAAUUCAAUAAAAGUACACAGUAUCACUGAGGUCAGGGCUCCCAGGGGCCUUGGAAACUCUCUGGUCUAAUGUCCUCAUUUCUCAGGCACAGAGAGGAGAGGCCUCUGCCCGGGUUGCCCCGUGCGUAAAGGGCAAGGUGGCUCCAGCAUCCUGUCUGGGGUCCUCAACCCCAUCCUCUCGCCUCUUGUUUCAAAUUCGCUGGUCCAGCUCCACUGGGAGCCAGGCAGAGUAGGGGGGCCCAGAUGACCUCUGCACCCAGAGGCAGGGCUGGGGGACAGGAUUCCGAGAGGCUGCACGGCUUUGUGACUCCAUAGGUGUGGCCCUGGUUUCCUGGACGGAAGACAAAGCUUCCGCUCUGUGACUGAGGGCCACACCCAGCCCCCAGAGGGGGCAGCGGGCUGUGGGCAGCUGCCACACGGGACGCGGCAGUAGGUACCUGAGGAGCAUGGCGUGCCCGGGCUUCCUCCUCUUUCUAUUCCUCUUCCUCUUUGCCAGCACCGUGGCCCGGGGGGAGCGUGCUGUGGUCCACGUGGUGUCAGACAACUGGAGCAAGGACUACUGCGUCCUGUUCCGCUCCGACUAUGUCACCCUGCCCCGGGACCUACACCACGCCCCACUCCUGCCCCUGUAUGAUGGUACCCAUGCACCCUGGUGCCCAGGCGAGGACUCCCCCCACCAGGCCCACCCCGGCUCCCCCAGCCAGCGGCCCCUCCGCCAGACCACCGCCAUGGUCAUGAGGGGUAACUGCAGCUUCUACGCCAAAGGCUGGCUGGCUCAGGCCCGAGGAGCCCACGGGCUGCUCAUCGUGAGCCAGGUCAGCAGCCGACAGCGCUCAGACAGCACCCCGGCCACCCAGGACCGCCACAAGCCCCUGCCAGACCUCACCAUCCCCGUGGCCGUGCUCCGCUACACCGACAUGCUCGACGUCCUGAGCUACACCCAUGGCAGCACCGGGGUCCGCGUGGCCUUGUACGCACCCCCAGAGCCCAUCCUUGACUACGACAUGGUGGUCAUCUUCAUCCUGGCUGUAGGCACCGUGGCCGUGGGCGGCUACUGGGCCGGAGUGACCGAGGCUCACCGGCUGCGGCGGCACCUGGCCCAAGGGGGAGGGGGGCCUGGCGGUCAGAAUCAGCAGGAAGCAGUGGCAGCCCAGCAGGGGCACAAGCAAGAAGACGCAGCAGUGGACUUCACGCCGGCCAUGACGGGCGCAGUGGUCGCCGUGUCCUCCUCCAACAUGCUGCUGCUCUACUUCUUCUACGACUGUUUUGUCUACGUCCAGAUCGCCAUCUUCGGCCUGGGUGCCAGCACCGGCCUCUACAGCUGCCUGGUGUCCGUGGUGCCGCGAUACCGGUGGCUCCUGCCCGGCCGCCGGGCCUGUCUGCAGCUGCCCUUGCUGGCCGGCCUGUGCGUGGUGGUGACGGUCCUCUGGGUCGCCUACCGCAACGAGGACCGCUGGGCAUGGCUCCUGCAGGACAUGCUGGGUGUGGCCUACUGCCUUUUCAUCCUGCGGCGUGUGCGCCUGUCCACCCUCAAGAGCUGUGCCUCCCUCCUGCUGGCCCUGCUGGCCUUUGAUGUCUUCUUCGUCUUCGUCACGCCCCUGCUCACCAGGACCGGCAACAGUAUCAUGUUGGAGGUAGCCUUGGGCCCGGCAGACUCCUUGAGCCACGAGAGGCUGCCCAUGGCGCUCAAGGUGCCCCGGCUGAGCUUCUCGGCCUUGACCCUGUGUGACCAGCCCUUCUCCAUCCUUGGCUUCGGUGACAUCGUGGUCCCCGGCCUCUUGGUGGCCUACUGUCACCGCUUUGACGUGCAUAUCCGCUCGCGGCAGGUCUACUUCGUGGCCUGCACCGUGGCCUACGCUGUGGGCCUGCUGGUCACUUUUGUGGCCAUGGCACUCAUGCAGAUGGGCCAGCCUGCCCUGCUCUACCUGGUGUCCAGCACCCUGCUCACCAGCCUGGCCGUGGCUGCCUGCCGCCAAGAACUCACCCUCUUCUGGACUGGCCAGUGCAGAGCCCAGACCCCCGCCCGGCUGGUGCCAGGGCUCUGCGGUGCCCCUUCAGUUGGCUCUGAGCAGAAGCAGGAGCACGCAGCAGAUGUCCACAGAGCCAGCGAGCUUGCGGGGGCCACUGAGCACCUGGCAGGGAACUUAGACGGCGGCCUUGGGAAGGACACGGCUGAGAUUGUCACCAUAUCUGAGGAUGAAGCCACCAGUCCUGAAGGCCACAGUGACAGCUCUGAGGGCUGGAGUGAUGCCAUCCUGGAGGCUGAUGAGCUGCCCUGUACCCACCCUGCGGCCUCAGAGGAGCUGACACCACUGAUGCCACUCAUGCCGCCGCCCUCGGAGCUGGGCCACACCCACGCCCAGGCCCAGGCCCACGAUGCUGGCCUGCCCCGGACAGGGCUCCACAAGAAGAAGGGCCUGGAGGUAAAGAAGAGCAUGUCGACCCAGGCUCCUUUGUGAACCGGGGGC